CACCCUCAGUCAACUUCCGUCUCGCUCGGGGAAGGUGCGCGGCUCUCGUCUCGGUGGAUUUUGUUGGUGUUCCUCCCCCUACUUUCUCUGUGGUCAGUGUAUUAUGUGAAGUACAGGCCGUGUGCAGUGCUAGAAACGUACCCCAAUAUCGCCUGUGUCGUCACUCAUGAGUCAAAAUGGCCGAUCCCGAUAUUCCGAGCAACGCUGUAGACACCUUGAAGGCAGCGGGAGAAGAUGGAGGCCCUACAGACGGCAGCCCCCAAGAUGGCAACCCUAAGGAUGGUGCCUCCAAAGAUGGCACCUCGAAAGAUGGCAAGCCUCGGCCACCACCAGUUGAUAUUGCUGCAGCACAAAAUGCGGGUGGCGAGGGUGGCAUCAAGACGCCCACAGUCUCCUCUCAGACCCCACGGACCCCCGGCACUUCACGAUAUGAUACCUUUAGGGAUAAAGAGAGGAAGAUCGGCCACAGGAGAGUGGGAGAAGGAGGCAUCGUUACAUACAAAAAAAUUGGGACUUCACAACUUAUGGCAUCAAUCCAGCUGGGUAUCCAACAAGCAGUGGGAAGCCUGGCAAGCAAGCCUGAUCUGGAUGUUUUAAUCCAGGAUUUUUAUGUUGUAGAAACUAUUUUUUUUCCUUCUGUUGGUUCUCAGUCAACACCAGCUCAUCAGUUUUCUGAGUUUAGAUUCAAAGUGUAUGCACCCAUAGCAUUUAGACAUUUUAGAGAUCUGUUUAAAAUUCAACCAGAAGACUAUCUUGUUUCAUUGUGCAGCGAGCCUCUUCGGGAACUAAGUAAUCCUGGGGCGAGUGGCAGCAUAUUUUAUUUAACAAAUGAUGAUGAGUUCAUUAUCAAGACAGUGCAGCACAAGGAGGCAGAGUUCCUUCAAAAGUUAUUGCCAGGAUAUUAUAUGAAUCUGAACCAGAAUCCUAGAACAUUAUUACCAAAGUUUUUUGGGCUCUAUAAUUAUCAGUGUAAUGCCAAGAAUAUUAGGUUGAUAACAAUGAACAACUUACUUCCGUCAUCAAUAAAGAUGCAUCAGAAAUAUGAUCUAAAAGGUUCUACGUACAAAAGAAAGGCUAGUAAGUAUGAACGAAGCAAAGAAUCCCCAACAUUUAAGGACUUGGACUUUAUGGAGCACCAUCCAGAAGGUAUUCUACUAGAGGCAGAAACCUACAAAGCUCUCAUAAAUACCAUUGCAAGAGACUGCAGAGUAUUAACAUCUUUCAAGAUUAUGGAUUACUCCUUAUUAGUGGGCAUUCACAAUUUAGAUCUUGCAGCCAGAAAGAAGGCACAAGACAAAGAGAAAAAAUUAAAUGGCGGAGAUGGUGGGCCAGCAGACGACGGGAGCGGAGAGGCGGAAGGAGAGGGCACUGGCUUGACCCGAUCCCGCUCAAUCAAUCGACACAAACUUGUGGCCCACUCAACUGCCAUGGAAUCCAUCCAAGCAGAUUCUGAUCCUAUAGAUGAGGAGGACCAUGUCCCGCCUGGAGGUAUUCCAGCGAGAAAUGCAAAAGGAGAACGACUGUUGCUCUUCCUUGGUAUCAUUGACAUUCUGCAGAGUUAUCGACUGAAAAAGAAAUUAGAGCACACAUUCAAGUCAAUGAUCCAUGAUGGGGACACGAUAUCAGUACAUCGACCAAACUUUUAUGCACAGAGGUUUCUGAAGUUUAUGGAAACCACAGUCUUCAAAAAGAUUCCAUCACUGGACCUACCAGAAAUCAAAGGCGGCCAUCGCAAAUUCCGAAAUCUGGUCUCCAGCUACAUAGGUAUGAUGACCCUCCUAUCUGACACCUCUUUUAUCACCACUGUCCUUUUUCUCCAACUCUCUCAACACCCCAGUCAUUAUACCCUUUCUGAAUAUGUGACCCUAGAAUAACCCUUUUGUUUUCCA